CCGGUCGAACGCGUGACGUCAGUGCAGUGCUGUGUGUUCCUUUCCUUGCCACGCGUUGUGCAGUGAUAUUUACCUAGGAGAGAAGUACGAAGAACAGUCAAGGUCAAGUUGGGGCGCAUAUUUUGAUAGCAAACGACAGAUGAAAUCUUACGACAUUUCACACUGAGGGAAAAGUGGAAUUGUAAAUUGUACUAAGAAUGGCGCCGAAGAAAAUCGAAGAGCCUGAAAGGAAACCACUUAUCGGCCGCGUGGGCACUAAUCUGAAAGUUGGCAUCGUGGGUAUACCCAACGUUGGAAAAUCAACGUUCUUCAACGUUCUCACGAAAAGCCAGGCGACUGCCGAGAACUUUCCAUUCUGCACCAUCGAGCCAAAUGAAAGUCGCGUACCAGUCCCUGACACGAGAUUCGAUUACCUGUGCGAAUAUUUCAAGCCAGCUAGCAAGGUUCCAGCUUUCUUGAACGUCGUGGACAUCGCCGGUUUGGUGAAAGGGGCGUCGGAGGGACAAGGUUUGGGAAACAAUUUCCUAUCGCACAUCAACGCCUGCGACGGAAUUUUUCAUCUUUGUCGAGCAUUCGACGAUGACGACGUGACUCACGUGGAAGGAGACGUGAAUCCCGUGAGGGAUCUCGAGAUAAUCAGCGAGGAGCUACGACUGAAAGAUAUCGAAUUUUUAAACGGACAUCUCGAAAAGCUGGAGAAGCUCGUUGUCCGAGGCAACGACAAGAAACUCAAGCCUGAAUACGAUACAUUAUUGAAAGUGAAAGGUGUAAUGGUGGAUGAAAAGAGGCAUAUCAGGUUUGCCGAUUGGAGUGCCACUGACAUCGAGGUGCUCAAUAAAUAUUUAUUCCUCACGUCGAAGCCAGUUAUUUAUUUGGUUAAUCUGUCUGAGAAGGAUUACAUACGUAAAAAGAAUAAAUGGUUAAUAAAAAUUAAAGAGUGGGUGGAUAAAAACGAUCCAGGAGCUGUUUUAAUCCCAUUCAGCGGAGCUUUUGAGAACAAACUACUCGAUAUGGAUGAUGCAGAACGUGCGAAAUAUUUAGAAGAAAACAAAGUUACUAGCGCCCUUGACAAGAUCAUCGUUCAAGGAUACAAAGCGUUGCAACUGCAGUACUUCUUCACGUCGGGUCACGAUGAAGUGAAAGCAUGGACCAUUCAGAAAGGCACGAAAGCACCUCAGGCUGCCGGAAAGAUUCACACGGACUUUGAGAAGGGAUUCAUCAUGGCCGAGGUUAUGAAGUUUGACGAUUUUAAGAACGAAGGAUCGGAAGCGGCAGUAAAAGCUGCCGGAAAAUACAGGCAACAGGGGCGCAACUACGUGGUCGAGGACGGCGACAUCAUCUUCUUCAAAUUCAACGCCGGUGCUGGAUUGAAGGACGCGAAGAAGAAGUGAUGGCACGUUUUGCUCAUGUUGUUGCUCGUUCAUUUGUACAUCAACAUGAUCGCCAUGUUCUGUUGUACGCGCGACAUGCGCAUGAAACGAUCGAAAUCGCUUUCCGACAGCCCUUGAAGCUCACCUUUUCGUUCAACUCAUAAACAAACGUCGUAAAACGGUAAUACCAUCGUUGAUAACGAUAGUUGGCGUUUUUUAUAGCAACACUUGGGAUUUCGACUGCUCGAAUAAAUAUUUUUAUAUGUUCUAUUUACGAUUUGGGGGAGGGAGUGUAUCCUAAACGCUUGUGUGGUUGGAAGUAAUUUUUCAAUUCUAUCGUAUCAAUGUUGGUAACCUUUCGUCGCGUAUACAUGACAACUUGCAUUUUCUAAGGCUAGCAAGUGUAAAUAAACGGUAAGAGCUUGACAAUGUAAUAACACACUCGGCUGCUUCUGUCACUCGGAAUAACCACGAUCACAUUGUACGUUUUUCUAAUUGUUUCUUUGUACAUUUUUCCAUAUUUAUUCUAAAUAUAUUCGUUUGAGAUAUAAA